AUGUGGCACUUUCCACGUCAAAAUCUAGUGUGCUUAGUUUUCAGAGGUCUUGGUCCCAAACUGCUUGGUGUGUUCCCCGGUGGUCGAUUUGAACAGUUUAUUCCUUCUCGUCCUUUAACAACAAAAGAAAUUGGCCUUCCUAGGUUGAAACAUGUUGCAAGACGAGUAGGACAACUAUUAGCCCGUAUUCAUGCGCUGGAUGUUCCGGUUGCAAAAAGACCUACAUUGACAGAUGUAGCCGAAUCUUACUUGUGUAAACUCAGGAAACUCAAUCGACGAAUGAUCCAUAAAAUGAAAGGCAAUAUGGUUAAGGCAAACGCUAGCUUAUGUCCUAAAGAAAUAAACUGUGAUGUACUGGCAACUGAACUUGAUAUAAUGAAACAGUGCUUAGCAAAAAGUGGGAGCCCCGUUGUCUUUUCUCAUAAUGACCUGCAGGAACUGAAUAUACUGUUGCAUGAAAAGUACACCCUGGACUCUAAAGGAAACUUGAAUGCGACAGACGAUGAAACACCAUUUGCACUGAUAGAUUUCGAGUACUCAAGUUAUAAUUACAGAGGCUUUGAUUUUGCAAAUUUCUUAUGCGAGCAUAUGAUUGAUUAUUCUAACAAAAAACCACCUUACUACACGAUAGAUCGAGGAAGUUUGCCAGCCGAAACCCAACAACGUCUUUUGAUAAACGCGUAUUUGGAUGAAAUUGAGAAAGUAGCAAGAAAUGAACAAGACGAUUCUUGCAAAGAAAACAAGGAACGAAUUCGAGAAGCACACGUCCGAGAGCUGCUGACAGAAUCCCGAAGAUUUUUGGCAGUUUCACAUCUCUACUGGAGUAUAUGGUCAUUCGAGUUGGCUGAGGAGUCACCGAUUGAGUUCGACUACGUUAGUUACGGUAUUGACCGGCUAGUGCUCUACUAUAUCCAUAAGCAAGAUUUAUUGGAAUUCCUUCAAAAACAUUAA